UUGUAUUCCAGAGAAAGCAUCCGGUUAUAGUUUUGUACCAAUUUUUCAUCGAUCUGUAUGCUUUUUACUUCAGUUUUACCGCGGCUUUUCUGAAUAAUUGAUAGUUGUAAAAAAAGGAAUCUGUUCCCUAGUAAGUAAUCAUUCUCCGUUUUCUGACACGCGUCGUUGUUUUACAGUUACCUUUGUUCACAUUCUAUCAGUCUUAGCCGGCAGGCCUAUUCGGUCGCUUUUUCUUUCGAUUGAUCCUUCACCGCCAAUAAUUUACACGCGUAACCCCCCCCCCCCCAUUUUUUGCAAAUAGCCUCUACAAAAAAGUCAGACCUUUCUAAAUUUUAGCCAAUGUCCUUCUACUAGCCAUUACAGCCUGCUUGAUUUCUUCAAUGAACCGUUACGCUUUCUCCCAUUAAGACAUUUUGACAGAAGUGCAAUUUGAAUUGAUCCUUUUUGGGUUGAAAACCUGGGAAAAUAUGCGCAAAUCAAGUUGAAUUUGGACUAUUCGCUCCACCAGAAAGACUAGAGCACAGGAGACUUUUAUCGUUUUUUAAUCCGCUCUUGUUUAUUACUGGAUUAGCAGCCCAGCAUGUCAAAUCUCCAGAGUUAUUCUACGACCAGCGUCCAAAAUAAAUCGCCAGCGCAUAAAAACACAAACUCGGCGGAAUCUUGGCGCCGAAAUGUCAGCGAUAGGAGCUACCCACCUUCGUAUGGAGAUUUCCUAGUUCCAGUGUUACCUAUCUCUUACCCUCAAAAUCAACUUCAAUUUGAAACCGAAUUUUUAUCGCCCACCGCAAAAUCAGUUCCUCUCACAAAUGAAACCCAAAAUGUGCACGCAACCGGUAUCAGCUUAGCUCCAGCUGAAAACCUGCCCAGAAAUGACAAUUUUAACCCGUCAAUAACUCAACCCGAACCACAAAUCAAUUUGAUUGCUUUAUCAACUGGACGGAGAAAACCACCCUGUUCGCCUAUCAAAUCAAUCGAAACCAGAGGAGGAUCAUCAGUUCCAGGAAUUCCAGGGUCUCCAAGGAACCGAUCAGCAGUCAUGGAACUCCAGCCAAUGACGCUAGUUCAUGUCGGCUCCUCCGAAGACGCCCUUAUACAUGCAGAUUGCAUCAACUCUCCGGCCGAUUCGGGAAUCGUAAGUUGCUCAAACACUUCAAUUUACGCGCCCAUUUCAGCUUCACAGCCGCGCCUUCCGGCCUUGAUGACAGCUUGUAAUAUUGACAAGUCGCAUAUUUAUGGAAGUACGACAAGCACAGACUUGGUAAGCAAUGCGAGUGGAUCCCCGACUCCGAGUCCCGAAGAGGGCUCGUUGGUGAUGCCAAAAGCAAUGAUUCUACCCUCGGAAACACCGUCUUCUGUUGCGACUCAUGAGAAACAGAGCAGUGCUUUUAAACCGUAUCUGCCCAAAAAUUUACUCGCCAUGAAAGAAAGUCAUAACUCACAGAGAUCAAGCUCGGACUCGGAUCCAAGAGUGUCAGCUCCGUCGUCCAAUCAGAGCAGUGGACCGAGUUCAUUACGUAAUUCAUUGCGCAACUCGAUGGUGUCAUCAGAGUCGUCAAACUACUCGAUUGUUUCAGAACAAAGCGGAACAAGUGAAGGAUCUAGCUCCAAUUAUAGAAAACCAGGUGCUGAUCAAAUGAUUUGGCCAGCUUCUUUAACCCCUACCUUCAGACCACGCAACCCAAGCAACGAAUCAAAACAGAGUCGGCCUUCGUCUUUGCCGAGUGACUCGUCUUCAGGUGUCUCGUCAAUCGCGACCGGUCCUGUCGUGAGACCCAAGGCCAAGAGAGACACCAGUGGCCGAAGAGGACGCCAGAAAAAACCGCCAGCAGUUGGGUUUGGUGUUCCGCAGGGAAAUGGGGUUGGUGUUCCGCAGGGAAAUGAGGGAUUGGAUGGGGAGAGUAAGAGCGCGACAUUGACCAACCAAGUUGUGACUGCUGACGGGUGUGUGCUGUGUGAGGAGAGAUGUCCGGAGUUGAAAUUACACCCCUGGAGGCACAAGUGUGUGACGUGUGGGUGUCCCUCAAGCGGCCAUAUGGCGCAUCCAAGCAGCGUGAACAAAGUGAUCAACUACCUCUUCAACGACCCCUCAUGUACAAGCAUGCUGGGGGUGGGGACACUCUCUCACCAGACUCCACAAGGGGGGGUGGGGCACGUCGGCAACACUUCAGUCAUGUCAGCAGAAUCAGGAGUGGGGGUGGGGGUGAAUAACAAACUGUCAAUCUCGUCUCUGUCAGAUACUGACAGUGGAUGUUACGUCACAGAUCGAGACAGUCGAAGUGGCGAAUAUGCAUGGGUGCCGUCGGGGCUCACUCCCAAACAGGUCCAAGCUUACUUCGCGAGUCUGCCGCCCUACAAGGUCCCACUGAUUAACAGUGUCGGCGAACAACACAGAGCAUGCCAACUGGUCUCCCAGCUGCCCCCACACGACAUCCUGCCCCUAGCAGGUGCCCCCCGAGACGAACAGAGUAACCUCGCUUUCGCCGAGUUCUCCUACGAGCGGAAGACGAGGGCGCUUGGACGAGGGAUCACCAAACAACUCCCAUUAGAACACUACACAGCCCCAUGUGAAAAAUGCAAGUUGAAUCUGCACAGUGGCGACAUUGGAAUCGCAGCUCCGAAGGUGGGACCGGGUAAACUGUGGCACCCCACGUGUUUCACGUGCAACAUCUGCCAGGAACAGUUGGUGGAUCUGAUCUACUUUCACCAUUCGAAGGACGGUCAGUUGUACUGUGGCAGACACCAUGCCGAACUGCUGCGGCCACGAUGCUCCGCAUGUGACGAGAUCAUCUUCUCGAGUGAGUUCACACAAUGUGGAAACAUGGGUCAAAGUUGGCACGUGGACCACUUCUGCUGCAGCGAGUGUGAGGCCACUCUCACGGGGGGCAAAUAUGUCAUGCAGGGUCCCCACCCCUACUGUCCCUCCUGCUAUGACUCACUCUUCGCAUAUACUUGUGCACUGUGCCAUGACGUCAUAGGUGCCGAGGACACUCAAGUGACGUAUCAGGAUCAGCACUGGCACGCCAACAGAGAAGGCUGCUUCAACUGCCACAACUGCUCAAAGAAUCUAGUCGGUCUACCAUUCAUCCCCAAAACCGGAAUCAUUUUCUGCUCCCAGUCCUGCAAAAAGGGCGAAAAAGUAUCCUCCUCUCCGCUGCUGGACCAGCGGAAGAACCCGUCCCCAGUGUCGUUCCGCAACCUCCGGAAUCUGAAGUCAACAGCCGGACCCAAACCAUUGGUUCCGCCGAUAGAAAAACCGGUAUUCACGGGACUUUCAAAUCCAGGGUCAAAUCACAGCAGCAACCACUCAUCGCCCAGCUCAAGCGCCAAAAACAAAAACAGAACCGCACCAACUAGCCGAAUUUAUGGAACGUCAACUCCGCCGAAAUCUCUGUCUCAAAGCUUAGAAGACUCUGUGAAACUUUCAAUGCACAUUAGCCAAGAUGGACAUUAUGUUAAAGAUGAGGACUAUGAUAGCGCCCUGUCGUCUUGUCAUAGUAGUACUUUAGACUCUCCUCAAAACGGAACCCUAAUUUCACUAGAUCGACCCCCACCCCUGCCCCCUAAGCCCAGCUUCAUGCGUGGGGGUCUGCAUUUAGAGCGAAUCCAGGAGCAGCAUUACGUGGACAAAUUCUCUGAAAACCUCGAAAGCGUGAUGGAACAACCAAAUGAUGACGAAGAAGGAACGAAUGUUUAUUUUGAACAGGCAGUUUCAAUCACACCUGAAACUGAUCACGUGUAUGCGGAGCCGAAACGCCAGCAAAAUCAACAGACCACUACCACCCAACCCCCAAGGUCAAUGCCCGACCUAUCCAAGUCAGGUCGCACGAGGUCAAUCCUGAAAGACGAACCAACAAAAUACACCCCGGCUCCCGAACUGAAUGAAACGCUAACAAACAGUGCUAAAAACGUGAGUUUCAACCCCGAAAUUAACGAACGAGCUCGAAGUAAUAGUUUAACGAGAUCAGAGGAGUCUCGAGCUGAUAUAAAUUCAGGUGCGUUCAGUGAUUCGGAAGACUUCAACUUUUCUAAAAUGAGAGGCGCAAAGGAGCUUAGACACAGAAAAGACUUACUGAAAGCAGUAGCCAGAAGCUUCACAAAAGAAGAGCUGGAAGAAUAUUUGGGACAUCGGGCGGCGUCCAGAGCGACGAGACCCGGUCGGAACCGAAGAGUCGAAGACGGGUUCCGACACCGAAUCGACUGUUGCGACUCCGACAGCUCCUCGAGUUCGAGCGACGACGAAGGCGAAGACUAUUAUUGGGCGCCAAAUGCACAAUCAAGUUCACAUCAAGCUACAAGAAGAGGUCAAAGUAUUUAUUACAACCACACACCGACCAGACAUGCGAUUUACGGCCAGCGCAAGAAGCGUUCAACAGUUUCGAAAAAGAACAGCUGCAAAAUCAGUUGAGAAAUAUUUGCGCUUUUAAAACUCUCUGGAAGUUUCUAGAAAAUGAGUAAAAAAAUAAACCAAAAUCCGAAAUGAGAACUAAAAACUCAGAUGAAACCCGAUCUUUGCAAUUAAACUUCCCUGAAUUUGUGUUUUCUUAAUUACAUCCUAAUGAAUUUCGCCCCUUUAAACUGCGAUUAAUAUAAAUAUAUUUCAAAUAUGCCAGGAAUUGCGAUUGAUUAACAUUUGAGUUAUUAAAUAGCUUUUAAU